AAAAAUAAAAAAAAAAAAAGUAUUUGAUGGUAAAGUAGAACCUUAUGAUAUCAGCAAAGUUCGAUGAUGAAAAAAAAAAUUCCCGAUGAAAUAAAAAAAUGGCUGCAGUGUGUGUUUGUUUACAUGGAAUAGUGCCGGUUUUAACAGAAAUGAUUUAUUUAAAAAAAAACGAGAGGGUCUACAGUAGUGAUUUUCGAAAAGAACCUUCUUUGCAUAAUUCUGAAGACAGUGAGAAAAAAAUAGUCAUUUUGUCAAGCUGUCACGGAAUAUCCGUGCCACAGACUUUUUUUGGACUACAGACUAACUGACGUCCACGAUACAUAUUUUUUAUUGAACUUUUUUUUAUUAUAAUACGUAUCGGACAACUUAAUGAAAGUAUCAGUCUUAUUAAUUAGUGUUUCCUCUUUAGGUUGAUGGGCUUUUUAUAACGUGUGAGUGUGACAUAAAAAUAAUAUAUACAGUUUAAUGAGGAAAAGUCAAGUGACCUUGACAGGUCCGUUAUAAAGCACAACCUCGCCGCUUCGCGUUCGAGGCGUGCAAUUAAUUUUUCCUGUAUAGACAAUAAAUUUUAAUAUUUAUUUUAUAAUUAUUUACGUUUGAAUUGUAAAUGAAAGAAUUAUUAUUCAGAAUGAUACUAUUUACUGAUGACCGUCAUUAUGUUAUUUGUCGCCUCUUAAUGUACACAGCUGGUUAUAUUGCUGUGGGACUAACUCGUAUUGGUUUAAACUGGUUAUAUAAGAUUGAUGAAGGCAUCCACUUAUCACAUGCAUUUUAUUUUAACGAAUAUCUUGAUCGUAAUAUUGUAUUCGAUGAUCGUGAGAUUCAAGAUACAACUUCAUUGAAAUUCAUUGAAGUGAAACUUUGGAUAACCGGUACGGGAAAACUAAUUUAUGUUGUAUAUUUUCGCAAUCGACUUUUAUUUUGGGACGUUGAGGAAAAAACCAAAAUUCCAACACCUAUUUUUUUUCAAGAUUCACUAAAAUCAUUAAAUUUACGACGAGGAACUGAUGAAUAUUUUUACAUUAUAAAUACGUCAAGUAAAAAAAUGAACGUCAUCAAAUUAGAUUACGUUGGAAAUGAAAUAACUACAACAGAAAUAUUAAUAAUUCGUUAUGAGUUAUUUGAUUGGACUCAAUUUGUUGACUUUCAUGCAGAGGAGACAAAAAUAAUGGUAGUUUAUAAAUUUUCAAUACCAAAACAACCUAUGUUACUAACAACAAUUGUUAAAAUUCCACAAUCGCAAAGCUUACCAGUGAAAAUUAAUGCUCAUGAUCGAACCCAUACUGCACGUUUUUCGUAUAGGCGGGAAGCGAAUCAGGAUUAUGAAGUUACCAUUCCAUGUAUGAAUGUCGUAAUAGGUGCCAACAAGAUGCGUUUCUUCAGAGCAAAAGAAUUUAUCGUUCAAAUAUCACAUUUCGACGAACGUAAUAAACAUAUUGCAACAACUAAACACUAUACUAUACCAGAAACCAUUGUAUCGAAUGAUGAGGGAAUUUUAUCCAUGACCUUAUAUUUGAAUUAUCUUUUUGUAGGUACAACAAAAGCUGAACUAAUAAUUUUCAAAUUAAAAAAACUACAGGAUUUGCAAGAUUUAAAUUUCGAUGAUCUUGAAAAAAAAGUAAUAAAGACCAAAAUAUUGAAUAAUGCACUCCAAAUAACUAAAUAUAAUAAUCAAAUUAUUAUGUUAUUGACCAAUACGGCACAGGUAAAAUUAUUAACCUGUAAUCUAAAUUUUUAAUUUUUUUAAAUACAAACAAUAUUAACGAUUAUGAUCAUUUUUAAAAAU